CCCGCCCCCUACGCGGCAUCCAUUCAUUCCAUUCGCCCGGCGGCGGCGUGCAAACAAUCAUUGACCCUAUCCUACCUAUCCAAUAAUGUCCGCUCUCCAGGGGCCCCCCCUCAAUCGGAUCUAUCACUAUGGACUAUUGACCCUUUCCUUGAUACGGCUCUCCUCCGCCGCGGGGACCAGCGAGCCCGCCACCGGCUACACAUAUGGCCAAUCGAUACCAGUGACAUGUCUAAAUCGAACGAUUGACUCCGGCGAACAUAUAACAGACAACCUAGGAAAACUCCAAUACAUCCCAUUCCCAACAUGCAACGAAACCUCCCUCCCACUAACCCUCCACUACGGCGUCCCCGAAACCCUAAACUGCACUAUCGCCUCCCUCCCCGAUGACCUCUACCACCUCCUGGAAUAUUAUGUUCAUUCGGACGUCCCCAUGACGUGUCGUGUACCUUCUGCCCCGCUGGCGAAUCAACAGAUUGGUGAUGAUGGGCCGGCGUACACCCCUAUUACAUUUGCGGUCCAGGGGACCUUGCAGUUGAGUCAUUUGCAUUUGUGGACGGAUUUGAAUGUUUUGGUGCAUAGUAUUGGGGAUGUUUUACAAGGCGGGAGGAAGAAGGAGGGUGAAAGGGGGUAUGUGGUUGCGGGGACGGCGUAUUCGGUGCCGGAGUUUGAUGGGGUUCGGAGUGGGAUUGGGAAGGGAGGUGAGGCAGGGGAGGGCGUUGUGCAGGCGGCGAGGGAGCCUUGGACUGCUGGACAUGGGACUAAGGUGGUGAGGGGGGAGCCGUUGACGUUUUCGUUGAGUGUGAGGUGGGUUGAUGGGG